CUAUACAAAACAAGAAAAAAAAGCCAAACCAAACCAAACCAAACCAAACCAAACCGAAGCAAAACAAGCGACACCGACACCGACACCAUGCCCGACGCCGCCCCCACCGCCAUGACCACCCCCCUUCCCUACUCCAUCUUCACGAACGGAUCCGCCUGCGGCCCGGGGGGCGUCGAGGCCGUCGGGGUCAUCCAGUCCCUGGUGGUCGUGGACGACAAGAGCCAAGGCGCAAAGGCCCAAGCCCCUGCCGAAACCCAACCCCCCGGGCCCGCGUACUCCUACUUUUGCGAGACGACCACCCACACCCACACCGACCCCGAUAAUGGCGGAACCAUCGAAACCACGGUCUACACCAAGGUCGGGGUGACCUGCUCGCCCCUCGACCAGGGGGACCUCGCCCUGGACGCGGUGACCUGCGAAGAGGCCGGCUGCGGGAGCUGCGAGACCGCCUACCCCGUGGCGGCGACCCUUGCGGUCCCGGUCUUUGCCCCGCUCCCGGCCCCCGAUGCCUGCUACGGGAUCACCGCGGACGCGACGGGGGUCACCGUCCUCAACCGCUUCGACGCCGGAGCCGACCGAGAAGGCAUCGAGACCUACUGGGAGGUCUACAAGGCGAACUCCUGCCUCGGGGACCUGGUGGAGGCCGCGAGUGCGAGUGCUUCCAGCGCAGGCGAAGGUCGCUCCGGUUCCGUUGGAUCCCUGGUUGUGGCCGCCGCGCUGGCGGCCUCCCCCUUUCUUCUCAACUAACUAGCGGGGUCCACCCACCUGCCCACCCACCCACCCACCGAUGGAUCGGACGAGCGAAAUGCACCGAUGGAAUGAUAUGGAAUGGAAUGAUAUGGAAUGCCCACCCUCGGCCACGGGCAAAGCGGACAGCGGUGGUGUCGGCGGACGAGAAACCAAAACCAAACACCACGGCAGGACCGGAACGAAACGAUCGCUCGAUGGCGUCGAAUCGAAUCGAAUCGAAAAAAAUUGACUCGAAAAAAAUCGAAUCGAAUCGAAUCGAAUCGAAUCAUCGAAUCAAAUGGAAUGGAAAACCGGGCGUUGCGUGUUGGUUUGUCCGCCCCUUGCUGGAAUAGUUUCGACCCGUUCCUGCCUUAAAGUAAUGAAGCACAAAACUACUU